AUGAAAUUCGAGUGUUUGAUCGCAGAGAAGAAUUGUUACUCCAACACGAAGUUUCACAGCGAGAGACACUCCAGAGAACGAGUUUUUGCACAUACUAGUAGCAACACUGAUUCAUUAUCAUCAACUUCUAUUCAGACUAAUACAUGGAGUCCAUCCGUUGCUAAACGAGGGUCUUCCUUUGUUUACAAUGUUUCUUCACCAUCUAUUGGCAACACAACUAAUGAGCGUUUUACUUGUACUGGAAGUAAUUUCGCUAAAGAACAAACGGCUGUUUGGUCAGCUGUGAAUAGUGAAUUGAAAAGUCGUCAAAAAAUUGCAAAGGUCCGACCAACUCCACAAAUACCUUUGCUAAAGAAAAGUUUAACUGCGGUGGCGGUUGGAAGUUCGUUGCAGAAUAAACUGCCUCUUCGUGGAAUGACUACUGGAAAUGGCAAUCAAGCGUUAUCAAAAGUUUUUCAUUCUCAGUCGUCAUUUGAAGGUUCUGUUCAUUUACGACAAAAUUUCGAUGGCACACCUAUUUAUAGUGAUAAUAAUUUCGGAAAGUUAACAUCUGAAUAUGCUCAUUUACCCGAAUCCGCUGAUACAUUAUUAAAAUCAGAUUUAAUUGUGAAAACGAGGACUUCAAGUCAAGAUCAAAAUGGAAAAGAUGAUGAUAAUGUUAGUGUCGCUGGUACAGUCUUCAACGAACCGUGGGAUUCUAAUGUUUGGGAAAAUUUGUUAGAUUUGGCACAUUAUGGAGAUGAGAAACCAUCCACUCUUACACGGCACAUCGACACGAAUCAAGCUGUCUUUGGCGGAGCGAUUGCUGAAGAAGUCGAUGAUGAGGUGAUUUGUUCUCUGGAAAUGAGUUAUAAUGGUGAAGAGGAAAGAAGUUUUCAAAAAUUACAGUCUAUCACUAAUAUAGAUGAUAGUCGAAAUAACGCCGACUACGGUGUAGUGAUUCGGAGGUUCGAUAAUCAUCACCUAAAUAAUAAUGCAGAGUCAGAUGGUCGACGUAAUGGUAUUAUAAACAUUAAUGCUUAUUUGAAAAGUGAAGAUAAUUUGGAUAAGCAGCAACAACUGGAAACAAUAUGUAAGUCAGUCACAAGUGGUAGCGGAGAUCCGGAAGCAUCAAAUUCAUUUAUGAACAUAAGUAAUGCUGGAGAAAUGUCUGACGGAACAGCUACCAUGGAUAGUCAUAAGUCAACAAACACACAUUCACUGCCGCGUAUCCUUCCACGAUAUUCAAAGCUUGAUGAUUCGUGGCUUGAGUCUCUGGAUGACAUACCAACAAGCAUUCGCGCACUAUCACCCAUUAUUUCACCUCCAAGGUUGAAAAAUAGUUUGAGUACAGAUCCGAGUACAAAAAUUCAGGAAUACGUUGAAAGGCUAUCACAGGAGGAAAACACAGUGUUCGGCGCUACACUACGACGCUUUAUUGAAUGUACAUUUGAAGCAGAAGAGUGCGAUCCACAAGUGGUAAUUCGAAAUGUCCGACAGUUUUUAAAUGGUUUAAAGAAUUAUCUGGUGAAGCAUGGAGAGGGCGAACUUCAUGAUUUAAUCGAAAAAGAACGCGCGCGGUUGAAUGCUAACGAGUUUUUGAAUAUUGAUGCAAUUUUAGAAGCCAUUUUGCACAAAAUUGUUCUUUGCCCUGUAAAACCGCAUCUUUAUCACUUGAUGAUACGCGAAUAUUCAAAAAAUGGUUGGCUUCAAGCACUUUCUGAAAAUCUUACCUAUGUCCGAACUUUGUCGCCAGAGCAGUUAGGCUUUGGAGUCCGCUGUAAAUUCAUACCUCCUACAACUCAGAAAAUGGAAACAAUUAAAAUUUGCUUGCGAAAAAUGCAACAUCAUUAUUCACCGCUGAAGAAACUGGAAAACUUACUGCGAGUGAUAUUUUUGGCAAUUGGCAGGCAGCAGUCGUGCGACAAUCCGAGCGGUGGUGAUAUGGAAAAUUACGACCCGAUUAGUAUUGAAAGCAGCAAGAUUAAAGUCUUACCUCCUGCUGAUGAAUUGGUGCGAUGGUUAGUGUAUCUAUUAGCACGUACAUCUACGGUCGGUUGUGAAGUUGAAGCGUGGUAUAUGUGGGAGCUCCUUCCAAAACAAUUGCUGACUACUGGUGAUUCCAGUUACUACCUCAUUACUCUUUUUUCCGCCAUUGAUGUAUUGAAAAAUACUGAAAGCAUUCGAAAGUUAGGUCAAGUGGAUGAUUCUUCAAUAACGGAAGAUGGAUCAUACUGUUCUUCACUAGGUAGUGUUAGUCCAGUGCUUUCAUCAUCGUCAGAUGCUUUUGUAAAGGUAGCCGUGCCGGAUGAACUGGAUGGUUCUAUCAGAUACCACACAUUUCCUGGUGUACCACAAAUGACAGCUGGGAAGCUAUGUCGCGUUAUUGCACAUCAAUUUGGCAUUACAAAUCCUGAAGAUCAUGGACUAUAUCUGCUAGUUGAUGGUUACGAAACAUGUCUUUUGGCAAAUGAAUGUCCUGAUUUAAUUCGCCAUCAGUUGAAGCAAGCACAUAAGGCGCAUUUAUUUGCUUAUAAACGGCAUGAAGCGAAAAUAGCUUGGCCUAAAUUUGCAGUGUCUUCUCUUUCCUGA